AUGUUUGAUUCAGAGAAAAAGGCAGAAGGCCUUGAUACUUCUACAUUCGACAUUGUAAAAAUUGAUUCCUUCCACAAUACACGAUUUUGGACCGUUCUAUCGUUCGUGUGGGUAUGGAUUGUUCUCAUAUUAAAGAUAGCAAUAUUGGGAGGUGACACGUAUACGUGCGUAAGCAUUUUGGUGUUCAAUAGAUGGGGCACUCUGGACUAUGACGUGUAUGAGUAUAAAGUGGCGAAAUGGAUUUUUACAGGGUGUAUAUUCUUCCGCUUCCUCUUGCUCGCCUACCAAAUUGCCUGGGGAAUCCAUGUAUAUCGCACUCGAAAUAUUGCAUUGGCAUACUUGAAUCACUAUGCUCGGUUGAUGUACGCCAUUCGAAGCUACAACUAUCAAUGUUUGUUCCAUGAGAUUGACCAGGAGGGCUUUUUUGAAUGGGCCUGCUUCCAUGUGUACACGGAACUUGAUAAUGCAUUAGAGGUAUUGGUAGCAGAUUUACCGCGUCAAGUUAUCAAUUUUAUGACGCUUCGUUACUACGCUACAGACGGGGACCUGAACAAUGCGAUAUUGACCAACAUCAAGUCGAUCGCCACCACAAACUUGAGACUUUCGAUCAUCCUAUCAUUCCAGCUUUGCACCAUGGUUCUCUUUCUUUUCUUUUUCUUCAAGUUUCUUCUUGCAAUAGUUCUUUACAUUCCAAUCAAAGUGAAAGUUGCUCAUCGAGGCUUUCGUCUGUUGAAAGCAUUUUGCUAUAAAUCUGUGAAUGAAAAUGUUCGCUUUUUGGUGAAGCGGAACCAUAAACCACGCACACAGAUCCUCAAUGAAGGACUAAUGGACAUCAAAGAAAUCCAAGCAAAUCUGCUCCUAGCUUCAAACUCCACAUUCGAU